AUGAUGGACUCCAAGGCAGCUACAUCGCCAUCCAUUGAAAACUAUCCAUCAACUACAGAUGAAGCCAAGAAAGGACCAAUUGCCACCACUACUAAUGCUUCUGCAAAUAAAAAUUUACAUAAUUCACUUGCUCGCCCAGAGCCGACAGAGCCACCUGCUAAGGCUACUCCAACACCAUCCUUUAAUGCAAGAUUGCUAUGGCCAGAUAUGAUAAGGACGCCAACAAACAGAUGGACGUUCACCUGUAAAGAAAUAAUAGAUAAGUUGGGAACGGAUCCGUACAAAUCCAAUGAAAUAAAGAAAUCCAUGGAAAUAUGUUUGAUGUAUUUUUACACUUUGAAGAAAAAAUUAAACCUAUUUGAUCACACUUACACGGCUUCAUGUAUAUUAUUCUUUCGUUAUUGGUUUAUAUAUGACUUAUCACCAAAUCUCAUGGAUUCUAUUCAUAUAUCGCACGCAAUCUUGGUCACUGCUUGUAAAAUAAUGGAAAAUAAUAGACCUAUCGAUGCAUACGUGAAAGCUACCGCCGAAUUUUUAAUACAGUCUCCGAAGAUUAUGGGAAGACAACAGGGUAAGAAUAUGGAUAAAUUGAAAUGGGAAGUUCGAGAUAAAUUAGUUACGAAUGAAAAAGUUAUAAUGUGUUCAUUUGGGUUUGAUUUAGAUAUCGAAAAUCCAAAGGAAAUGAUCGAGGAAAUGUUUAGUGGCUAUUAUAGAUUUAAUAGAGAUUAUGAUUUACCAGAAGAAUUUACAAAAGUGUUUCCUAAAGUAUUACAGGAGGCAAGGAAUUUCAUUGUUCAAGCAGUAACGCAACCUGUGUCCUUGUUAUGCGAUGGCUACUCAUUUAUUGCAUUAUCACUUAUUUACUGCGGUAUCCAGUAUAAGAAUAAAAUAGAUAAGAAAUUUAUGUUCCCAAAGGACUUCUUCAAGAAUCGAUUUCCAGUUACAGUCACCGCACAAAGGUUUAACGAGUUAUUCACAGAUUAUAGAAUUUUAGAAGAUAAUUUUUUUGAUUUGAAAAGUAACAAAGGUGAAAAAUUACAAAUAAGUGUGGAAGCCAUAGAGAGUAUAAUAGAUGAAGAAUCGAAACAUUCAGGAGAUGACGUAUUACAACAAUCUGAUAUUUCUAGCUUUUAUGAAUAUAAUCUCAUAAAAUCCGGGGACGUUAAACAGAAACUAUUAGAUCAUAUCGGAACAAGAGUUGAAGACCUGAUAAAGAAAACUAUAGCAGAGAGCAAAAAGAGAAACUCUCCAGAUAGCGUUGAACCACCAGCCAAGAGAGUGAAUAUCUAA